AUGGUAGCUUACUUGGAGAAGGUAAAAGAAGUAGUCGGGCAAUUUGAGUUUUACCCGAUUGAACAAGUUCCAUGGGAACAUAAUUCGAAUGCAGAUGCUUUAGCUCGACUCAGCACAACCAAAGAAGUUGAUACACUCAAUGUGGUACCAGACAAAUUUCUACUCGUACCGAGCAUAGCCGAGCCUGGCGGGGAUGAUGUUAGCAUGAUAAACUCGCAACCUACUUGGAUGACUCCCAUAAUAGACUACCUUGAAACCGAGAGCUUGCCAGCGGACCGGAACGAGGCAAGAAAGUUAUUGUACAAGAUACCAAGGUAA